AUGUACAGAGAUGUGUCAACACUGGACCGAAAUCCUCGAUGUCGACACCGCGGCACCGUCGACUACCCACAAGACCUGGACUGGCGCGAGUCCGGCCCUGGAGAGGAGCCGACCCGAGCUGAGGACCAGACCUGGAGGCGGCCGGGGAGAAAGAAGAGGCGCGGCAUGAAGAGGCGAGCACCGCCAAAUCCAGAUCCAGCUGAACAAGACGACAGAACGUACUAUGACGACAGAACGUACUAUGACGACAGAACGCACUAUGACGACAGAACGCACUAUGACGACAGAACGUACUAUGACGACAGAACGUACUAUGACGACAGAACGCACUAUGACGACAGAACGCACUAUGACGACAGAACGCACUAUGACGACAGAACGUACUAUGACGACAGAACGUACUAUGACGACAGAACGCACUAUGACGACUGA